GACUACGUGUCAUUACGCAAUAAAACGCCUUGAAGCAAAAAGUGUUUUAGACCUCAAUUCUAUUGCAACACAAUAGCCAAACAAAGAUGUUUCGUUACGGGCUGUUAGUGUUGUCUCCUUCUUGCAUUAGGACCAAAAUACCCGCCCUAUUGAAGCAAGUGUCAGAGGAAGUCAAAGAAGUUUUGUACGUUGACAUCUACGAACCUGAUUACGUGUGCCACCAUGUCCGGAGUUUGUACGAACUGUUGGUCGAUGUGUACGGUAGCAGUUCUUCAAGAACCGGCCAGCUUGACGUUCGCGUUCUUCUCCCUCGGACUUUGACCGCGAACAACAAAAAAAGCGAAGAAGUAAGACAUCUUUUUAAGAAGCCCGAGGUCGCAUUUGUUCGUGAUGUUUUCGGACAAGAUCCGUCGAAAGACGUCGGUCUAUUCGAGUUAAAGCAGUGGAUGACAAGGCGUUUUCAGCUCACCGAUCUCGACAGAAAGUUAAGGUAUUUGAAAGUCGAGGAAGAAAGGAUCAACAAUGAAAUUACAAGCAAGCAGCGUAGUCUCGAUCUCAACGGUGCUUGCUUGCAAACAUACAAAGAAGUUGUUCUGGGAGGGACAUUCGACCAUAUGCAUUCCGGUCACCGGCUACUCCUUGCUGCAGCUUCUUUAAUCUGUGAUAAACGAAUCACUGUUGGCCUAAGUGAGGGUCCCCUUCUGCAAAGGAAGAUCUUAAAAGAACUAAUAGAGCCUUUUCAGGACAGGAAGACAAAACUGGAAGAAUUUAUCGAUGAUGUAAAGCCAGGUCUUGAGCACAACAUCAUACCACUGAUUGACCCUGUUGGCCCAGCAGGGACAGAUCCAGAGUAUCAGUGCCUGGUUGUUAGUAAAGAAACAGAGAAAGGAGGAUUCAUGGUGAAUGACGUGCGAGAAAAGAAAGGUUUAAACCCACUGGACGUGCAUGUGAUCGAUAUUGUCGUUGAGAAAGAUGGUGAACUUGUCCAUGGAACACAUCAUGAAGGUGAUGAAAAGAUGAGCUCUACUAUGGAAAGACGGAAACUCUUAGGAACACUUUUGAGGCCUGUUGUUAGCAAAGAGAUGGAGCAAGACCAGCCAUAUGUCAUUGGUCUAACUGGAGGAAUUGCCAGCGGGAAGUCUGCAGUCUGCCAGAGACUUAAAGGUUUAGGAGCUGCCGUCAUCAACUGUGACCAGCUGGGCCACCAAGCUUACACACCUGGGAAGAAAGCAUACAAGGAAAUCAUUGAGAAUUUUGGAAGUGGCAUUUUAACAGAGGAACAGACUAUAAACAGAAGGGCUUUAGGUUCCAUAGUUUUCGCUGACAAGACCAAGCUGGCAUUGCUAAAUCGCAUAGUUUGGCCAGAAAUUAUGACACAAGCACAAGCAGAAAUUCAAAGAUAUGGAGAAGGAGGGUUCAAGGUUUGUGUUUUGGAUGCUGCAGUUCUCUUGGAGGCAGGCUGGGACAGUGCUACAGAUGAAGUGUGGGUGACUUUUGUUCCUGAGAAUGAGGCUCUAUCACGCAUUCUGUCACGAGAUGGUAUUACUCAAGAACAAGCGGUGAACAGAAUUAAAUCACAAAUAACCAAUGAAGAAAGGGUCAUGAAGGCCAAUGUCGCUAUCUGCACCUUGUGGGAACCCGUAUAUACCCAACAGCAAGUUGAAAGGGCAUGGGAACAUUUACUAGAAAGAAUUUAGUUUAUUUUUUUCAUUCUGAGUUAUAUGAAAGAUAUUUCAUGAAAGAUAUUACAGUAAUAUAAGUAUGUCCACAGAGCACCAGUGCACAAAAUAUGUGCCACAGGUGUCAUAGAUAUAGGUAAUAAUUGCUAUUUUUACAUUAUUUUUCUCCUUUGUAAUCAAAUUAUUUAAUAUACCACUGCAAUACAAAUGAAGUGAUUAUCAUCACUUGAUCAACUUUGAAUUCCUAAGUUAUUUGCAGUUUUGAUUGAAUAGAAGAUUACUAUAUUUCAAAAUGGUGAGUUUGUUGUCAAUAUCACAUUUUCCUACAAAAUAUCCUUUGAUUAGUAAUGAAUGAUGUUAUUUUUAUAAUCUAUCAAAUACUUUCACUCGUGCUUGAUUGGUUUAAACAUGUCACGUGACUGAAUAUUCCUGGGGAAUAUCCAAGUGAUAUUCCCCAAUUUUCAAAACUACGCUUGUUGCG